AUGGAUUAUUUGGCUAGCAGAAUGGUUUUUCACGGAGACUUGGCUGCCCGCAACGUUUUGCUGGCCGACAGUGGAGUGGUCAAAGUGGCCGAUUUCGGGAUGGCCAAGAAAAUGUAUUACGAAGGUAAUUAUGAGAAAACAGGUCAAGGAUUGAUGCCCGUCAAAUGGAUAGCAAUUGAAUCCUUGACGGAUCGCAUCUUUUCCAGCCAGUCGGAUGAUUGGUCCUACGGGAUUCUACUCUGGGAACUCUUUUCUUUGGGGAAAGUUCCAUAUUCAGGAAUGGAGGCUGGUCAUUUGCUCAUCAAAACAAUCCAGCAAGGAUACAGAAUGGAGAAGCCGGAAAACGCCCCUAAUUUCUUCGGUGAAAAUUUUGAGCAAUUGCUGGUAAACGGAUCCGAAAGAUCGGCCAACAUUCAGCGAAUUGGAAGCGAAGAUCUGCAGUAACAUGGAAUCAUCAAUCAGUUCAAAUUACCUGAAUUUAAAUGCUCCUUACGUCAAGUUCAACGAAGAGAAAGACAGAGCCACUCCAACGUAUCUGUUUGGACUGGUCAAACUGUUGAACGAGAAAUCCCAUUUGAAUGACAAGUUUUACGUAAACACGAAUUUGCAUUCUCAAAGUAAAGAGGACGUGAUCCGCUAUUCCGUCUUUCCUCAGCGAAC